AUGAGAGACGUUGCAGUGCCAGAGUAUCCCCUUUUGAAAAUUCCGGUUCCAUAUCAGUACCGGAUAAGGGAGGAUGGUGUGCAAGGAAGCGGCGGUGAUGGGAACAGCUUGGCGGUAGGCGCUGGGGCGACUGUCAAGAGACGCAGACGCGAGAGCAGUCAGGUUGUCGAGGAGAAGGAAGAUUGCAAGAGGGCGAGGGUGGUGAGCACGGCAGCCAACACGCCGAGGCCACGUGACGGGGAGAGUGAAGCGGGUUGUGAAUCUGGAGCGGAGGAGGAUGUCCGUAAGGCUAUUCUGCUGUCUGCUGCACAGCAGAUCCUUGGGGCAGGUCCCGAGACGAGUUCUGCUGCUGUUGCGGCGGUGAGCAGUGGUGCCAGCGCGUCUGGUGCGGUCGCGAUCGCAGGCGACGUGGUCGAAGAGACUCUACCCCUGUCGCCGCUGGCGUCGCCUAGUGUCGGGACGCCAAGAGCCGAAGACGGCGGCGGCGACGAGAAUAUGCGAGCCGUUUCGCAGAUGUAUACGAACGAUGUGGUAUCGAUGGUGCGAAGCGAGCUACCGCCUGUGUGCUACAAAAACCUUUUAUUUCAGCUGGUGUCGAGCCUUGAUCGUAAGGAGCUUUCCGAUCUGGGGACGCUGAUCAGGGACAAUUUGAAGCGCGAUUUCUUGUCUUCGCUGCCGCUUGAAAUCGUUCUCAAGAUCCUCACGAACCUGUCGUUCUCGGAUAUCGCGCAAUGCUUGCGGACCUGCAAGCGCUGGAAUGAAUUGAUCAACUCGACGCCGCAUCUGUGGAGGCAGCUGUUGCUCACGGAGAGCUUUGUGUCGAAGGAGAACUUUGCCAAGUACUCAUCUAGGCUGCCUUCGAAGUAUCCGCAGAUCAGACACGAAGAGGACGGCUACCAACUGGACUUCCUGGAGAAUUGCAGGGUUCUGCAGAACUGGUAUAAUCCUGAUUUCGUCCCACAACGGACCACUUUGAGGGGUCACAUGACCAGCGUGGUUACCUGUUUGCAGUUUGAGGAUGACUACGUUAUCACUGGUGCUGACGAUAAGGUGAUUAGGGUUUAUGAUGCGCAGAAGAAGCAGUUCAUGCUGGAGCUGACCGGCCACGACGGCGGUGUGUGGGCGCUGAAAUAUGACGGAGACGGAGUCCUAGUGAGUGGGUCGACGGACCGAAGUGUUAGAGUUUGGGAUAUCAAGCGUGGUUGCUGCACGCACGUAUUCAAGGGUCAUGCUUCGACAGUGAGAUGUUUGGAUAUCGUCGAGUACAAGAACAUAAAAUACAUUGUUACGGGGUCGCGUGAUAACACCUUACAUGUGUGGAAGCUGCCACGAGAGCCCAGCGCAGUGACACAGGAAUGGCCACUCGUCUACAACACGCCUGAGGAGAACCCUUAUUUCGUCGGUGUGCUGCGGGGCCACAUGGCAUCCGUGCGCACGGUCUCCGGCCACGGGAAUAUAGUGAUCAGCGGUUCCUACGACAACAACCUCAUGGUUUGGGAUAUCGCGCAGAUGAAAUGUCUAUACAUCCUGACCGGACACACCGAUCGAAUCUAUUCGACCAUUUACGACUACAAGAGAUUCAGAUGCAUCUCCGCCAGCAUGGAUACCACAAUCAAAGUCUGGGACUUACAAAACAUUUGGAAUAACGGCACCUGUACCGUUGUGACGUCCUCCCUGGCUCCCUGUACAAAGAUAUCAGGUUCGAUGUGCACUUUGCAGGGUCAUACUCAGUUAGUCGGUUUGCUGCGGCUUUCGGACAAGUUCUUGGUCAGCGCUGCUGCUGACGGCAGCCUGAGGGGCUGGGAUUCCAACGAUUACUCGAGAAAAUUUGCAUACCACCAUAGCAACCUGAGCGCCAUUACUACCUUCUACGUGAGCGAUAACUUGCUGGUAAGUGGCUCGGAAGGUCAGUUCAAUGUCUACAACCUGCGAAGCGGGAAACUGGUCCACUCCAAUAUUCUGCGCGACGCCGACCAAAUCUGGUCCGUAAAUUUCAAGGGCAGGACCUUGGUCGCAGCGGUCGAAAAGGACGGACAGAGCUAUGUCGAGCUGCUUGAUUUUGGAAUCGCUGCCAAUGCGGAAAACCCUGGCAACGUAUAG